AUGGCAGCGGGGGUCCUAGGGAAUGCCUUCUACCUCUCCUUUUACUGCUCCAGGAAGCUCACCAGCCCCAAGCUGAGUCCCACCGAUGCCAUUCUGGCCCAGCUAGCUUUGACCAAUGCCGUCCUGCUGCUCUCCAAAGGAAUCCCAGAAGCAAUGUUCUCUUUCCGGCUGGAGCACUUCCUUGGAAACGUGGGCUGUAAAUUUGUAUUUUACCUCCAAAGAGUCAGCCGGGGCACUUCCAUCUGUCUCACCGGCAUCCUGAGUGCCUUCCAGGCACUCGCCGUCAGUCCCCACAGCUCGAGGUUGGCCCCUUUCCAAAGCAGAAGCCCAAAGUGCGUUGGGCGCUCCUGUGUCCAGUGCUGGCUAGCCUCCCUGCUCCUAGACCUUUACGUGCCGCUGUACAUCACCGGCCCUCGGAGCGGCAACAGCAGCCUCCCUCGGGGCGUGGAUCUCGGGUAUUGCUUCUGGGAGGUCGUGUUUUCAGAGCUCGCCGUCCUGCCCUCCUUCCGAGACGUCUCCUUUGUGGCGUGCAUGGCCUUUGCCAGCAGCUACCUCGUGCUUCUGCUCUACAGACACCAGCGGAGGACCCGACACAUUCACGGCAGCAGCCUCCGCGCACGGCCAUCUCCGGAGCUCAAGGCCACAAGAACCAUCCUGCUGCUGGUGGGCACCUUUAUCUCCGCUUACUGCGUCAGCGGCAGCUACCUGCUCUAUAGAGUGCACCGGGCCGAAUCCAGCGCCUGGGCAGAACACGUGCUCCUCCUGAUGACGCUGAGCUUCCCAGCGAGCAGCCCCUUCAUCAUGAUGCCCCGCCAAAGGACCAAGUCCUAG